CCAAUCAGAGCAGAGCAGGAUUUGUUUCCGGGAGUGUUUGGUGAUGUGGCUUUAAAAUCCAUCCGAGGAAAUAAAGCAAAAAAGACCCUCAACACUGGACGGAUUUACCUGAGGAGCAGCUGCACAGAGUCCCGCCUUUAUGUUGAGCCGUCUGGCCAACGUCCUCCAGGAGCUUUCUGGAGAGGAAGGUGCAGAUGGAAACCAACAGGGCAUGCUGGUGCCUGAGCUCCCUGCUGGAGAGGGCCAGGCUCCGGAGGACGCUGAGGUCCCAGAGGACGCCAUGGAGAGGCUGGCCCACCUGGAACAGCUGGUGGUGCAGCUGAAGGAGCUCAUUCGAGACAAAGACACACAGCUGCUGCAGAAGGAGUCGGACCUGACCAAUAAAGAUGCCCAGCUCAAGAACGAGCGAGACGAAGCUGACGCUCGCUUCACCAAACUCAAGCUCCAGGCUAAAGCCAAGAUGGCGUCCCUCAACAAACAGCUGAGCGAGCUGAAAGGACAGGCGGGAUCAGCUAGUCCAGACGGCUCUUUUACUGCGGCGGUCGAGGAGGAGCUUCAGGGCCUGAGGACCAAGCUGAGUGAGGAGGAGGCCAACAGCCUGCAGCUGAAGGAGCGACUCUCAUCCACCGAACAGCUGCUGCAGGAGAAGGAGGCCGCCCACGCUGAGCAGCUUCGGGUGCUGCAGGCCGUCGUCGCUGAGAAGGACGUCCGUUUCCAGGAGCAGAUUCAGAGGCAUGAAGAGGAGCUGCUGAAGGUCAGCGCUCAGUCCCAGGAUGGCGCCGAGCUGCAGCAGGCUCUGCAGGCAGCUCAGCAGCGCUGCGUUGAGCUCCAGGAGGCUUUAAACUCUCGCUCCCAAGAGCUGGAAAUGCUGCAGCAGGAGGUGAGCAGUGCUGACCAACAAAAACAGAUCCUGACUGCUCAGUUUCGGCAGAUGGAGCAGGAGCUAUCGGAGGCCGUCAGGCUGCGGCAGGAGGAGAGGCAGGAGUGGGCUGAGCAGGCCAGGCGCGGGGACGCGGAGCUCUCGGCCCUCAGAGCCAGCCUGGAGGCGCUGGAGAAGGAGAGGACGGAGGUGGGGAGGCAGGAAGACGAGCUGGAAACCCUGAGAGAGGCGGCGCUCAUCUCCGGGCAGGAUCUGGAGAAGGAGAAAACGGAGGUGUCCAGGUUGGAGGCAGAGCUGGCUCGGAUGAAAGAGGCCGAGCUCGCGGCCACUCAGGCGCACAGAGAUGCUUCGGGGAGAGACGAGGCGGAAAUAGCGCGUCUUCAGAGUGAACUCGCCUCGCUUAGAGACGCAGAGUCGGCGGCUGAGCAGACCUUAGAACAAGAAAGAUCAGAGGUAGAUAACCUGCAGAGAGAGCUGGCGGCCCUCAAGGAGGAGCGGGAAGGCGUGCAGAAGAAGGAGGAGGUCCUUGCUGAGGUCUGGAGGCGUCUUUGUUCUCUUGCUCCUGAAGCGAUGCCAGAGGAAGUCCCCGACCCCGCUGAACCCUCCCUGCUGCUGGACUCUGUGCGCUCCGUGGAGACGCAGCUGACGCGGCUGAAGGAGGAGUGCAGCGAGCGGUGCGCCCAGCUCACCCAGACCAUGGAGGCCCUGCAGGAACAACUGGACGUAAAAACAGCAGAACGAGAGGAGGCCAGCGGCAGAAUACUCCAGCUGGAGCGGCAGAUAGUAGAAAUGUCGGACAAAAAUGUGACGGAAACUUCGCUGGAUCCAUCCGAAGCUGAAAGGGCACACAUAUUGGCGCUGGAACAGCAGCUGGCAGAAAGAGACGAGGAGCUGGUUGCCUUGAGAGAAUCCAUCAAAGCUGCUACAAAACAAACGUCAGGACAAGAAGCGUCAGUGGAAACGGAUCAAACUCCGGAUCAGGAGCAGGCGUCCACCACAGCUCCCCCUGAUUCCUUGGAAGAUGCACAAGAUGAAGAGUCCACCUUAGUCGCGGAGGACACCUCUGUCCUCUCCAUUCCCGCUGAGCACGAGAGCAGCCCAGAGCUCAUCGGACCCCAGUCCGAGUCUCCCGAAGAAUCAAAAGGGACCUCCUCCGACGAGAUGGUCACCAGCACCGAUUCAGAGGUGGCCCACAGCACCUGGACCCUCCUGGAAGCCGUGAACCAGGAGUGGCCCCUUGUCCCGCAGGACGUCAGCCAGUCCUGGGUGGCAACGAGCAUGGAGCAGGAAGCCUCCGCGGUCACAGCCGAGUCGUCGUCGUCCGUCGUCAUCAGAGAGACGGUGCAGGUCCACUUGACCCAGCAGAGUUCCUCCUCCGGGCCGGACGUGUCUCUCUUUGCCCAGGCUUUAGCUGAGGAGCUGCAGAAGAGGUACAGCGAACUCCUGGCGGAGCUGCAGAGGCUUCGGGAGGCAGCCGCGGCGUCACAGGAGAGAAUCAAGAGCCUGGAAGAGGAGGCGCAGUCCCUCGCUGUCGCCAGGGAGGAAGCUGAGGCCGAAGCGCUCAGGUUGUCCAAGGAGCUCGAGUCGAGCCUGGAGAACGGCGACGUGGUGGAGAAACAGAGGGCGGCCAUGCAGCUCCUGGAGGAAGAGCUGGAGGGUUUAAACGAUGACAAUAGAACCAAGGAGCGGAAGAUCGAGGCUUUGCAGGCAGAUCUGGAAACGAUGCAGCAAGUUCUGUCUGAGCAGGAAGGCGAGGCCAGGAAGCUGGGAGCUCAGCUGGAGGACCGAGAACUCGUCUCCUCCGAGCUUCAGAGGCGGCUUCAUGAAAUGGAAAACAGCUUGUCUGAGCACGCUCACGCCUCGGAUCUCCACAACGAGUCUUUAUCAAAGAAGGACUCUGAGAUUCAAGAGCUGCAGCUUCUCCUCUCCCAGAAAGAAAGAGAGGCGGCGGAGCUCAACGACGGCAUGUCUGCCAAACUCCUACAAGCGGAGGAAGAAAAGUUUGAGAUGAGAGGCGAAGUGGAUAAACUGAAGGAGCAGAUAGAAGAGCUGGAGAAGGUCCGGGAUGACCGACAGCAGGAGUCCGGAGAAGACGGAGAACUGGCUGGCUUAAGGAAGGAGAAGGAAGAGGUGGAAACGCAGCUGGCGAACACGAAGAAGAGGCUUCAGGCGGCUCUGGUGCAGCGCAAGGAGCUCAUGAAGAAAGUCAGCGAGUUUGAGAAGGAAGCAAAACGAUGGAAAGAAAAAGAUGAAGCAGAAGCAGAAGAAGCUCCUGAAAAUCUCCCUCAGAGAUCCGAGAGUCAGGACUUGGAGGCCAAGAUCGUGAAGCUGGAGGAAGCUUUGAGAGCCAAAGAAGAAGAGGUGGAGACUCUUGAGCAGAGACUUGGCCAUCAGGAUCAAGUCCUGGCUGAGGCGCUUGCUCUGAAUAGAAAGCUGAGUGAAGAAGCUGAAAGCAACCGACCUGAAUUCUCCUCUGACGCGACCGCCUUGCAGUCUCAGGUGGCCUCCCUGGAAGCAGAGCGAGAAACGCUCCAGAAGAAGGUUCAGGAAGCCCAGGAGUCCCGCAAAGAGACCAUCCGCAAAGCCAAAGAGAAAGACCGGCACCACCGCGACCAGCUCAAGCAGCAGAAAGAGGAGUACAACGAGCUGAUGGAGCGCUUCGAGGUGCAGAGCGGCGAACGGGAAGGUCUUCUGGACAAGCUGAGGGAGCUGGAGGAGAAAGCGAGCUCUGAGCGUGGAGGUCCACCUCAGAAGCCUGCCGCGAACGACUGGGUUCAAGAAGAUUGGGUCGACUUUGCUACAUCUGAAGCAGAUUCUUCGCAACCACAAGCGAGCGAUCCAGAUCAGCGACCUUCAGAGCUGUCUCGUGUCGUGUCUGAACAACCGGAGGAGUCUCUCAGAGUCCUUCAAGACGAGAUCCAAAACGUACGGCGCCUCAACUCCGAGCUAGAGAGGCAGCUCCAGGAAACCCAGACCAGCCUCACGCUCAGGGAGUCUGAGAUACUUGAACUGGGCAAAGAGCUGGAAGCCCUGAGGGAGAAGGAAAACCAGAUCCAUUCCCUCUCUGAGGAGAUGAGCGAGCUGCGAGAAAAGUAUCGCCAGGCCGAGGCGUUUACAGAAACCCUGAAGGCAGACAUGGAAGCUGCAUCCAGAGCCUCUGCGGAAACAUCAACGGAAACCCUUCAAGCCGAAGUGGACGACUUCAAGCGCUUCCUGGACAACAAGAACCGCGAGAUAACGGCGCUGGGCGAGCAGCUGAGCGAGCAGAAGAGCCUCAUGCACUCCAUGCAGGACUCUGUGUCUGAGAAGGAUCAGCUGAUAAGUUCCUUACAGGAGGAACUGAAGGCGGAGCAAGAGAAAUCGCACAAGCUGGAGGCUGAGCUUUCCCACAAACAGCAAGACGACGACGACGGCGAGGCGAAGCUCCAGCAGCUCCAGCGAAAGCUUCAGGCGGCUCUGGUGUCUCGCAAGGAGGCCCUCAAGGAGAACAAGAGCCUGAAGGAGCAGCUGACUUCGGCCGAGCAGCUCGUCGCAGAGCUGCAGCAGAAGAUGGACUCGACAGAAGAGGAGCUGCAGGGUCUGAGAAGCGAACGGGCGAGACUGAUCGAGGAGGUUGACCGGACCCUGCUGGAGAACCAGAGUCUGGGGUCCUCCUGCGAGAGCCUGAAGCUCGCCAUGGAGGGCAUCAUCAACGAGAAAGACGCCAGCAAGAAGGAAGUAGAGCUGGCGAAGGAAGAGGCGGCGAGAAGGUGUAAGGAGUGGGAGGACAAGGUCCAGGGCAUGAAGGACGAGUACGAGACGCUGCUCAAGUCGUACGAGAACGUGAGCGACGAGGCGGAGCGCGUGAGGAAGGUCCUGGAAGCCGCCAGGCAGGAGAGACUGGAGCUGGCGUCCAAGGUGAGGGGCCAGGAGGCCGCGCGGCAGGAAGCAGAAAGGCGGGCGGAGGAAGCCCACAAAGAGGUGGACUCUGUGAAGGACAAGAUGAGGAAGUUCGCAAAGACGAAGCAGCAGAAGAUACUGGAGCUGGAGGAGGAGAACGAGAGGCUCCGAGAGAUGCAGGAACGGUCGGCUUCCAGACAAGAUGGCCGUGCCGUCGGAGCCGAAAACGAGCACCUUCAGGAGGAGAUGGGAGCCCUGCGAGCCGAGCUGGAAGCCGCGGCAGCAGAACGAGACGCUUUUAGGCAGCAGGUUGAUGAGCUGAAGGAGCAACUCGCCGAAAUAGAGGAAAGACGUCCACUCAGCCCCGAGCCCGUCGUAGAGGAGCUCGUCACGGCGCUGCGGUCGGACGCCGUCGUGACGGCAGCAGAGCCUCAAGACGACCUUGUGGCCGCAGACGAAAAAGAGGAGAUUCAAACUUUACUGGAAGAUAAAACGAGGGAGAUUGAGGCUCUGAACGCGGAGAGGGAACUUUGGCAAGAACGGGAAGCCGAGCUCCGAGCCGCGCUGGCCUCUCUCGAGCAAGAGCUGAAGGAGAGUAGAAACGACAAGAACCUUCAAGAGAGCCUCGAGAGAGAGAAGCAGCUGACGGAGGAAGCUUCCAGGAGGGAAGCCCGGUUCAAGGAGCUCCUGGGAAGCCUUGAGACCGAAAAGGACAACCUGGAGGAGCGUCUGAUGAACCAGCUGGCCCAGCUCAACGGGAGCAUCGCCGCCUACCAGCAGGAGGCCGCGGACAACCAGGAGCGCCUCGCCGGGAUGCAGCGGGAGGCGGAGAGGCUGGAGAGGGAGCGGGGCGAGCUGGAGGCCGAGGUCCAGAGCGAGCGGGACCGAGCCGCCAGGCUGGAGGAGGACGCGAGGCAGGCCCGGCGGGAGAGAGCCGAGGCGGAGGCGGAGUCCGGGAAGCAGAGGGAGCUGGAGCAGCAGCUCAGGUCCGCCCAGCGGGUCAGAGAAGGCAGCCAGAGCCGAGCGAAGCAGCUGGAGGAGCUGCUGAGGGAGAAGCAGCUGGAGGUGCGGCAGCUUCAGAGAGACUCCAUCCAGUACCAGGAGACCAUCAGCCAGCUGGGACGAGAAGCUAAAGCGCUGCGGCUGGGCCAGGAGGAGCUGCGAGGCCGGCUAGAGCAAUCACAGCUGCAGAGCUCAAACGCCUUAGAGGAUCUGAGAAGGACCGAGGCGGAGGUGGAGAGCUGUAAGUCCCAGCUGGCUGAGGCGCAGAAGGAGGCGAGCGAGGCGGUCUCUGCGAGAACAGCCAUGGAGCGCGGCGUCCAGCAGAGGGAGGUCGCGCUGAAGGCUGAGGCGGAGCAAACGCUGGACUCGGUGAGAUUCAGGCUGGGAGCUGAGCUGAAGGAGAUGGAGCUCCGACUGGAAGAGGCCUACGCAGAGCGGGACAAGGAGGAGGAGGCUACCCUGCAAGCCAGAGAGACGGCGGAGGCUGCGGAGAGGCGAGCCCAGGAGACCCAAGCUCGCCUGGACGAGUCCCUGGCCAGGUUGGCCGCCUUCUCCCGCAGCAUGUCCUCCCUGCAAGACGACAGGGACAGAGUUCUGGACGAGGCCCGGCAGUGGGAGACUCGCUUUAAAAGCGCCCUGCAGGGGAAGGAGGCCGAAGUCCGCGAGGCUGAAACGCGGGCCAAGGAGCUGGCAGACCAGCUCCAGAAGGAGACGGCGCUGAAAGAGGAGCUCAGACAGUCUGUAAACAGAUUGCAGAAAGCAGAAAAAGAUUGGCAGCUGAGAUUGGAAGAAGAGGAAAAGAAAGUCGCAGAACACCAAGACGUCCUAGAGCAGCAAAGAGCGAAGCUCGAGGGAACCACGUCCGAGUUGCUAGCUGCUCAGAACGAAGGCCGCGCCCUGAAAAGCGAGCUGGAGAGUCUGGGUCAGAGGGUCCGGACUCUGGAGGAGGCUGUCGGCAAGCUGACGGGCGAAGUGGACCGGGCCAGGACCGAGCUGAUGGAGAGGGAGGCAGAGGAGAGGCGCCUGUGCCUGAACGUGGAGCAGCUGGAGACGGACCUGCGCUCCUCCAAGGUCCUGACGGAGAGCCUGCAGACGGAGUUACACGAGAAGGAGAGGAGGGAAGUGGAGCUGCUGGGGGAGAAGGAGCAAGCGGUGACGCAGGCUGCAGAGGAGGCCCGAAAAGAGGCGGACGGCAGGGCGCGGGACGCCGAGAAGGAGCUGGAGCAGAGAAGAGGAGAAGUCAGAGAGCUGGAAGAGAAACUACGGAAAGCAGAGGAGGAGAGCGGCGACCGGAAAGCCAAGCUGGACUCGUUUACCAAGGCCAUGGGCUCUUUGCAGGACGACAGAGACAGAGUGCUCAACAUGUACAGGCAGCUGGAGGAGAAACACCUGCAGGUGAUGUUGGAGAAGGAUGGAUUGAUCCAAGAGGCUGCAGAGGAGAACAACAGUCUGAAAGAGGAGCUUCGCUCUCUCCUGGUCCAGAGAGACGACAUGAACGCUGAACAGGCCAAGCUGUCUGCUCAGCUCCAUGGGUACCGAGAUGAACUCAACCAAGUCUUAAGCAUGAAGGACUCCCAGCACAAACAGCUCCUGGCAGCUCAGAGAGAGCGCAUCACGUCUUUGGAGAGGGAGCGCGAGGAGCUGGAAGCUCAGCUACAGAGCCUGAGCAGAGCCAGAGACGAGGAGAUACGAAAAGUGGAGACCGAGACUGCGAGUCAAGCCCCCGACGUCAAACCAGCCUCGCAGGUGAUGGAUGCUCCGGGAGCGGAGGUGGAGAAGCUGAGGGAGCAGCUGCAGGCGGAGAGAGCCCGAGCCGAGGAGUUGGAGGAGCGUCUCCUCACCGAGAGGCAAGAGCACGAGAGCGAGAGCAGGGAGCUGGCCGAGCUGCGGUGGGAGGGAGGCGUGAUGCGCACCGAGUCGGAGAGCGCUCAGGAGAGGGUGGCGGAGCUGGCCCGCGACCUGCUGAUCGUCGAGCAGCGCCUCCUGGAGGAGACGGACACCACCAAGCAGCUGAGGGCCGAGAACCAGGCGUUCGCCAAAGCCAUGGCCUCCCUGCAGGAGGCGAGAGAUCAGGCGGUGAACCAGGCCAGGGAGCUGAGCGUCAAGCUGGAGGAGACGAGCAAGGCCGGGGCGGCGCCCGGCAGCAGCCCUGCUGGCUCAACGGGGGAGGUGUGGGGCCUGAAGAACGCCCUGCAGGCCCUGCAGAACGACAGGGAGAGACUGCUGGAGCAGCUUAACGCGCAGACGGCCGAGCUGAACAAGCAGAAGUCGGAGCUGUCCCGGCUGGGAGCAGGAGAGCUGAUCAAAGUCAGCCAGGAGCUGUUAGACGAGAAGAGGAGGAGCGAGGACAUGCUGGGGGCCAUAACGCAGCUGGAGGCCAUGAUGGAGAUCAGAAAGCAAGAAGCCGAGUCCCUCAGGCUGGAGAGGAUGGACUGGAUGGCUCAGGCGGAGCAGCUGAAGCAGCAGACGCUCGCCACGCUCUCAGAGAAAGACCAGCAGCUGCGGCAGCUCACCUCCAUGCUGGAAGAAGCUCGAGUCCAGAAGCCCAAACUCAAACGGGAACAGCUGCAGAGACAAGGCACCGACGAAGGAGAUAGUCCUCCUGGAGCCCCACAGGAGAGAAGCAGCCUGUCUGAGAGCCAUUUCUCUAAAGCGGAGAUAAUCGAGCUACAGAGGAGACUAGAAGAGGAGACUCAGCAGAGGCUGGCAGUAGAGGAGCAGCUGAUGGCGACACAGGAUCGCCUCAAACGUCACAGCCAGGCUGCCUGGCACCCUGCAAACGAGGAGGAUCACUCUGAGACGGCUGUUUUUAUCGAACCGCCGGAAGGAGCCGUCACCCGGACCCGCAGAGGUGGUCCGGGCUUGAUGCGGAUGCUCCGAGUGGCCUUCUGCUCCCGUCAGCGCACCCCUCUGCUGCUCAGCCUCUACCUGCUCACUGUGCACGUCCUGCUGCUCCUGUGCCUGGGCGGCUACCUCUGAAGAAACCUUCCUGACAAGAAGGGAUGCGGUCCGAGUAAACGGAAACGCGUCGGCAUAAUUCGCAAUGCGACAUGUAAUAAUUUAAAGAAGGGUCCGAAGGAUGUUUUGUACAAACAGUGCACUUUACCGUAUUUAAUCUUUUAGCCAAAGUAUAACACUUACUUUGGGAGGUGCGUGUGUGUGUGUGUUUGAACACUGUCGGAGGUUUGGCUUCAAAACCCAAGCAGAAUGGAUGCAAAGAGACAAUAUUUUAAUAUCCCUUACUAAAAUAAACCAAUGAAGCACCCGUCCGACUACCUUGCGACCCUCGCCUAAAGUUACGGAGAUGAUAAAUGAGCUUCCUUUGUAGGGUUGAGCCACCGCUCCUCCACAUCGAAAGGGUCUGGCUAAGGUUGUUCGCCCUUCUAAUCAGGAUUUGGAGGGAAUGAGCCCAGUAAGAGCUGUGGUAAGGUUUUUUUUUUUUUUUCUGGGUUUCCUUUCCGGACCUGUUGGCUUGCCAACUUGAUCACAGUUGAGUGAAAGGCGAUGGAUGGAUGGACGAAUAGUCAUAAUCGAGUGUUUUUUUUUUGGAAACUGUCUUACGUUAUGUGCCUUUCGGAUUUGAGCUUCGAGUCCCUCCGAGUACAAAACCAGUGAAUUUUAUUGGGACCUUUUUUGGGAUGGACCAACACGAAGCGGAACAUAAUUGUGAAGUGGAAGGAAAAUAAUACAUGGUUUUCAAAGCUUUUUGAAAAUCUUAAAAGUGAGGUUAAUGUACAGUUAGUUUUCCAUUACAUGUUUUCCUUACAUACCCAUUGGCCAGAACGUUACAUUUUGCCCCAAUUUCUUAAACGUAAAAGAACUCAUUUGUGGAGUAAUAACGGUUCCCCUUUCAAUAGCUACUUGUAGCUGAGCUAUGAAUCUCUCCUGCUCCUCCAGAGUUACCCUCAAGCCGCUUCUCUAAAUUAGCUCCUCAGGUUAGCUGGAUGCCCCUGUGAGGCCUUCACUAAAUAGCUGAAAUUACAAAGAUUACCUUAACUAAUUAGGUAACUUCAGAAAGGAAUUUGUUGCACUGGAUUUUUUCAGGAGUGUCAGAGUAAAAGGGGCUGUGGACCAACGGCACACAGAUCUGUUUAUUUAAAAAUGAUCCAUCAUGUUUCCUCCAUUUCACAAUGGAAAGUGCUUUCAAAGUUUGUGGCUGAAAUGUGGUAAAAUGCCAAACUAGUUGAGGGGUAUGAAUACUUUUGCAAAGCACUGCAUACCAGAGUUAAAAAUGUUCUGUAAGAGACUCGAAGCUAUUUCAAAAGGCACUACUUGCUAAAGUAGCUAAGCUAGCUGUGCUAAGCUAGCUGUGCUAAGCUAGCUGUGCUAAGCUACCUGUGAGAUUAACAGUCGAAGCUUUUUAUUAGAAAAAUGUCUGAAAUAUGAGGUCAUGAUGCAACAUUUUAUCUCCUAACAUUGGUUUAUGCACAAAAAUGGAGCACAGAGCAGUUUUCUGGUUUCACACAUUCCUGCAUCGUCCCUCUUAACAUUUGUUGCGCAGUGCGUUGGUGGUUUUUCGGUACAGAUUUAUGUUGUACUGUUUGUCUUAGAAGUUUUUCCGUUAAUGUCCAUUUUGAUGUUGCUGCAUUCCAACGGAUUAAGGAUGAUAUGUUCUUUUUAACGAUAUCCCCUAUUAUUAACUAAGGUUUAUUGUAAUUCCUUGUUAUGCAAUACCAGUUAAACCGCCCUCCAUAUGUAUCAUCCUUGUCUCGUAACACUGGGCUGCUAAACUACUUCUCUGCUGUCACCUCCUUAAAGAUCCACAUUCUUUGAUGCUAUUUUCUCUUGUAAAUACCUGUUCAAAGGGCUGUACAUGGAAAAUAUAUUAUUAAAAGUUCUGGUGGUCUGGAUCAUGGAAUAGAUUAAUCUAAGGUUACUUACCUAGCUGGGUUUCUGUUUAACUCUUUGGAAACAUGGUGACUCGCAAAAUGAGAGCAGUAUAUUUUAGAAAUGAUUCGGUGAAAAAAAAAAUGAAGGUGGGGUUCAUACCAAUUGAACAUUUUUACAGUAAAUGCUGAUGUGUGAAACACUACAGUUGUUUUUCUCCAUGGCUGUGUGGUGGGGGGGCAGAUUGUUACUGCUGACAAAUGUUUAUGUUCAAAGCUUUUAAUAAAAGGAUGUUUUUAAAUGGAA